GAAAACUAAGUGGGGGAACAAAAUGAUCGAACUCUUCUGCCUCUUCCUUUGGCCAAGGCGCCAAGCUGAAAAAAGAAGAAUCAAAUAACACUUGUCUCUCUUUCCUGGAUCGGUCCAAACAAAUGUGAACAAGUCGUUCUCAGAUUACUUGUCAAAAUAGUAGAGACAUGUGUCCAUGUAACAGGGCUAUAAGCUUUGCAUGGAGAAGAGUAAGCUUUUCCAUGUGUCCAAAUGAAGUGUUAUAUAGAAAGGAGGUCUUCCUUGUGUAAACCUCACCUGAGUCUCUUUGAACCAGAGAUACAAUCGGUAUAAACAAGAUGGGAGAAGUUGGACCUGGUAUGACGUAUCGAACAAGAACCAAGUCUGAGGAGAUGUUGCAAUCAUCUAUUGCAAGAGUUCCUCAUGAAAAACCUCCAUUUACACUAAGUGAUCUCAAGAAAGCCGUCCCUCUCCAUUGCUUUGAACGUUCUCUUGUUCGAUCUUUCUACUACGUGUUUCAAGAUCUCGCCAUCUUAUCCUUUUUAUAUUACGUCGCCACUUACAUACCCCUCCUACCUCAAUACUAUCGUGUUGUGGCAUGGCCUUUGUAUUGGGUUUGUCAAGGUUGUGUUCAACUCGGUAUAUUGGUCAUUGGUCAUGAAUGCGGUCACCAUGCCUUUAGCGAUUACCAAUGGGUGGACGAUACUGUCGGUUUCUUCCUCCACUCAUCCCAAUUGAUCCCGUUCUUCUCAUGGAAAUAUAGUCACCGUCGUCAUCACUCAAACACAGGCUCGAUCGAGCGCGACGAGGUCUUUCCGCCCAAAUACAAAUACGAAACGGUAUGGUUUGCCAAAUACCUAGGCAACCCUGUCGGUCGUUUUUUCAUUCUAGUCGGAGCGCUAUUAGUGGGAUGGCCUACGUACCUCUUGUUCAACGCAAACGGCCGUGUUUACGAUCGCUUCGCGUCCCACUACAACCCUCAAUCCCCGAUCUUCAACAACCGCGAGAGGCUGCAGAUACUUGUUUCCGACGUGGGGAUUGGCUUGGCUUAUCACAUCUUGUAUAGGAUCGCCGCUGCAAAGGGCUUUGUAUGGUUGGCAUGUGUUUAUGGCGUGCCGUAUUUGAUCCUCAACGCGCUUAUCGUCACCAUCACGUUCCUACAGCACACGCACCCGACGCUGCCCCGUUACGACGUUUCCGAGUGGGACUGGCUCAGGGGAGCCCUGUCGACUGUUGACCGUGAUUUUGGAAUAUUGAAUAAGGUGUUUCAUAAUGUAACGGACACCCACGUAGUCCAUCAUUUGUUCUCCACGAUGUCGCAUUAUCAUGCUAAGGAAGCGACAGAGGCGCUUAGGCCGGUAUUGGGGGAGUACUAUAGGUUUGAUGGCACUCCGUUUGUUAGAGCAUUUUGGAGGGAAGUGGGAAAGUGUAUUUAUGUCGAGUCGGACCAGAAUAGCAAGACCAAGGGAGUUUAUUGGUACAAUAACGAACUUUAGAAAAUAAGUUAUCUGUUGUUUAAGUGUGUGUUGUGUGUUGUGUCUUUGUUUAUGUGUUCGUUUUUAUGUUUAUGUAAUGGUCAAACAAGGGAAACUGAACUCUUCGGCUCGAUAAAAAAAGUCUUAGGUACAUGAUUUGUUAAAGAUAGACUCGAGCUUUGAAGAAGUGAAGUGAUUUAUCAAUGUCGUUUGGGGUUCAUAUAUAUGUAUGUGGU